UAGAUGUGAAGCAGCUGAGUCAGUCUUCUACCUCUUUUGCCCUCAGGUCCACCAGACUCUUGGUGGUGCUUGGAGAGCUGUUUCAAGGUUCCCUGCCAGGCAGAAACAGACUGUCUCAGCUUUAUCUUGUAUCCUCUGAUUGUUUGACUAUAAGCCUAUCACAGCUGUUUGGUGGGACUGGAGUCUGUAGCUGGAGCCUUCUGCUGCGUAAAUGAGUAUGGAAGAUUAUGAUUUCCUCUUCAAAAUUGUUUUAAUCGGCAACGCCGGGGUGGGGAAGACCUGCUUAGUCCGUCGCUUCACUCAGGGGCUUUUCCCACCAGGGCAAGGAGCCACGAUUGGGGUUGACUUUAUGAUUAAAACUGUGGAGAUAAACGGUGAAAAAGUAAAGCUGCAGAUCUGGGACACGGCAGGCCAGGAGCGGUUCCGAUCCAUCACGCAGAGCUACUAUCGCAGCGCCAACGCGCUGAUCCUCACCUAUGACAUCACCUGCGAGGAGUCCUUCCGGUGCCUGCCCGAGUGGCUGCGGGAGAUCGAGCAGUAUGCCAGCAACAAGGUCAUCACCGUGCUCGUGGGUAAUAAGAUUGAUUUAGCUGAUAAGAGGGAAGUCUCCCAGCAAAGAGCUGCAGAGUUUUCUGAAGCACAGGACAUGUACUAUCUGGAAACAUCAGCAAAAGAAUCGGAUAACGUGGAAAAACUCUUCCUGGACUUGGCCUGCCGGUUGAUCAGUGAGGCACGACAGAAUACCCUUGUGAACAAUGUCUCAUCCCCCUUACCAGGAGAGGGGAAAAGUAUCAGCUACUUGACUUGCUGUAAUUUUAAUUAAAGAGCUGGCAUGUGAUUGCCCCUUCUGCCAUGGGCCAAGUGGAUUUUUCUUUUGUAUGCUGGGAUUUUUCUACUUGAAGGAAUUCCUGCCAAUCUGACCCAUCUGGCUUACUCAGAGUCAGGUUACAGUCCUGGAAACAUGGCAGGCUGAUGGCUCCAGCUGCAUGGCAAUGUAGCAGAAUACAACAGGGUUUAAAUUUCAUUUUUUCUUGCAGUCUGUGGAGCAGGUCAGAAAAGGAAGAGUUGCACAAGUGCUUCAUGUAAUGCAGAACAUGAGCUGUUUUGUUUCCUUCUGUGGGAGAGUAGACCAGCCUUUCUUGAAGAUACUGAAGAGAUCAAAAUCUCUCUUACAGAACAAUGUGUUUGAUCCUUUUUAAAGUAAAACAAAGCAAGAAGAAGUGCAACAAUGAAUGCUGACUUUGGACUACUCUGGCAAUCUGGGCUGGCAGUGAGUGAGCUCAGAGGACGUGUACAUAACGUCUGACCCUGCGUCUUCAUGGAGGACUCUGGUGUUUGAAAUAGUGUUAUGUCUCUCAUCUACAGGCACUUUCAUGAACAUGGAAUAAAUGAAAAAGUUACAUAUAGCAACAUUUUCGAGAUUGAAGAAGACAUGGAUAUGACCCAGUUGCUCCCUUUGGUGCUAGCAGUUCAACAAAUAUUCCAUAGGCCAAAUGUAGUCUUACCACAUUACUGUCUUCUUUCUGAAUGUGUAACUUAGACUGGCUAGGAAAAAAACACUAAUAAGCACUGUUCAUAAAAAUAAAAAAGUCUCAUUACCUCUUUUUCUAGGCCUGAACAUAGUGGGAAAGGACUGUGUGCUUCUUUGAUAUCCAACAAAGGAUGAAAAGACUUUCCAGAAAUAAAAAUAAAUAAAUAAAUUAACCAUUCCUCCUCUAAUUAGUCAUGUCCUGAUGUAAAAUGUUAGCCUUGGGAAAGAUUAUUGGUGGACUUGGCAAAAGUGCACCAGACAUGACCAAAGUCUUGUGCGUGCAUGGAUGGCAUAUAAGGGGUCACAGGAAGCGCAGUCUGGACUGGCAGGCUGCAAUGUGUCCAGCUGAAAAACAAAGCUCUUGUUGGAAGGCAGGAGUAUAAAUCUGUUGUAGGGGGUUUGUUUGAUGGUAAGUGGGAAUAGCAAUGGGUUGCAAGUGGCGUCCUUCCAUGUCUGCCCCAUCCAGCUCUCACCUUGUGGAACUGCUUUCACAGAUGCUCUUGAUGCUCUCUUCUUGGCAUCUGGUCCCUCUGCUAGGGUAGCUUUUAGGUUCAGGGCUGUAGAGUAAUUUUAUUUACCUGAUGCUUUGUACCCUUAAUCCCAAACUCUGGGAUGUGUAACUGUUUACAGAACCACUGAAGUGGAAGCACCCCAGAGUUUGUGAUGUUACUCCACCUCUAGUGCCAUACAGUGCAUUGCAAAUUUACGCGUUGGCAUGGGAGCGAAAGCAGAAGAUAGUGAAUGUGCACAUAAAUUAUUAUAUUUAGGAGUUUGAGUUCAGUUUAGCUAAUCUGGGUAAAUAUCUCCUGGCGAUUCCAUGGCUGUGAUAUGCUGCAGUUUAGAGUUUAAUAUCAAUUUAAUAUUAUUUGGCUUGUACUGAAGAUUAUAACAGAGCUUUUGUAUUGAUAUAAAAAGCUGCCAGUAAGUACUUCUUUAAAAAAAAAUAGCAAUUAAAAAAAAAAAAGACAUUUUUAAUUUUAUUUUUUUUUGCUUCCUGGAAAGAUUUUCUUUGGGCUGUAUAAUGUUGUGCCUUUGAUAUGUAACGAGGAGUAGACUCUGUGUCAGAGAGAGGGGGGAUUGGUUUGUCAUAUGGCCACUUUUAAUAUUUUCUUGCUAUUUUUAGGUCAUUUUUAUGACUAGUGGUAAAAAGAAGAUGUAGAAGUUGUGGUAUGAAGCUGCUUUGUCAUUUAGGUAACAUUUAGCAAAGAGCUUCUGUAAGUGUGAGAUGUUGGGGAACACGUCAUCUGCUGCUCUGCUCUGGUCCAUUUCAGUCUCUGCUCAUGUUGUAAUCUGAAGGAUUUGGAAAUGUGUGGGACUUGGUGGCUUCUGCUGUAUCUUUCUUCUUGAGCAUGCCCCAAAUACAGCUUCAUUUGAGCUUGUGAAGAGCACCCAACUCCAAGACAGCUGAUUCUGCACAGCUCUUAGGUGGUUCUUUAGAGCUGGUCUCAGGGUGUUCUGUGGCAGGUAACACUCAAGUUAAAAAUCAGUAUCAUGUGUAUUUAAUCUGUAGUAGCUCUUACUCUCUGAAGCUGGACCUGACAGCAUAUAAUUGGUAACAAAUAGGGCAGAACUCUUUGAUCAGCUUAAACAGGGAAGAAGGAGACUGCCCAGUAAAACAUCUGUGGGUUACUGAGCCUGGUUUCCAAAAAGAUCAAAGCUGGGCAGGUACUCUUCAUCCCUACCAAGCUGCUCUAUAAAUGCAUUUUAAAGUGCUCUUUGCAUCACUUCUGGAACUGGAACAUGACUGAACAAACUGAGAUGGUCAAAUAGCAGAAACAGCUAACUUUAUUUUCUUGGAUAUUUACUUUUAGAUUUCUAGAAGCCUAAAUCUUUUCCCAGUGCUUUCCUAAUCUGUAGGUGACUAUUUUGGAGACUAGCUGCCUACUGGCAACCUCAAAGCACUGGUUCUUCUUAUUGCUAGUGAAUCUUUGUGUAAGGACUCCAUCUCCAGACAGUGAUGUGCUUUUGUGGCAGGGUGGAGUACUGUGGUUGGGCUGAUGUUCAAGUGAAUGACCUGACUUCUCCAGUCAAAUUUGAACUGAUUCCUGUUAGUGUUUAUUCUGUGUGGACUUAAAAAGUUGAAAGGAAUCAAUGGUGGUAUGUGCAACACUUUUUACAAGGUCAUAAACCAAAGCUGUAGUUUGAGACUCACCUCUCUUUCUGCUGUUUGCAAACACACCUCUUGUUGAAGAAGCAGUGUUUUAUUGGAGUAUUUACUGGAGUUAUUUUUGCACACCUCUAAAUAUCUCUGUGGUGCAUACAGCCAAACUUUCCUUGUAGCACUGAGGGCUUCUCCUCUACAGUCUGAUCCACUGAUAAAGGCUGCACAACUGGAAGAGGAACUUUAUCAACUGCAGAGUCUUGAAAAAUACAAAAUCCCAAUUAUGUGAUAAUCAGCUCUCCAACUAAACACCUUGGUAGAUUUUUUUGUGAGAACCGUCAGUAAAAGCCUUGUGACGCUUGCUGGGUGAAGUAUCCAAAACCCAUGCAGAAUUGAUAUAAUGGGGCCAAAUUUAAUUUGGAAUGUUCUCUACUAUCACAAGAGCCAAGCUUUUAGUGUGGUUGCUGUGCUUUGGGGGUGAUAUAUUCACAGCCAUGGAGUAACCUUAUUUCUGGCUGAAUGUUAUUUUUUUUUAGUAGUCCUGUAAUGAGACCCUUUUGUGACAUAUUUAGCACUAUGAUUAUGUCCAAGCAGAAGCCAAUACUGGAUGGUCAACAAAUAUUUGCUUAAGCCAGUUAGCCUGUUUGCAGAGAUUAAGAGAAGCAUCUCUGAAAACCGGAUGGUCUAAGCUCUGAUUUCCAGUGGGAGCCACUGAUUCAGUCAGCCUGAUCUUGUGUAAACCACCAAACAUUCAGUGCUUCAGAUCACUGGGUGUGAAGUACUUGCUGUGAAGUUUCACACUGGGUGUUGACACAGUUUGCUGAGACAAGCCAUGACUUCCUUCAGUCCAUAUUUGUGUUACCCCAUGAAAGUGCUAGGGGACAAAAAACCCAAAUUAAAAAACCAAACCAACCCUUCGGGUCAAAGAAAUAAGAUGGAAAAAGUGAAAUUAUGAGCUCUGUAAAGAAAGGGAAUGUGCUGAGUGCUUCUUCCUGCCUCAAGCCCUGAAGUCUUGAUUUGACCUCCAGGUAAGCUUCUUUGAGCAUGCAGAUACGUGUUUGUGCUGAAUGAUAAAUGGCUCUGUGAUCAUUAUUUAAUGAAAACCACACGUGACAAAUUGUCAGGCAAGAUACUUUGUUCUUUGCUGUAGAACACAUGAAACAGCCCUUAAGAUCUGUCAGCCUGCUGGUGCUGUUUGUGUUUUUUUGGAGAUGGCUGUAUUGGUAACAGUUGGCUCCUGCUAGUCUAGGUUUAGCAGUUAAUGGCUAUCAAAUUCCUUCAGCAUCAGUAAUAACAGCAGCAGACUGGGGCUGACACAGGAGACAGUGAUUUGAAAAGAGGGAAAGUCGAGGUUAGUGAUGCAGAAGCACGGUGGGUGCACGUACAUGCGACAGCAGGCUUCCCAGAGCUUUUGCUGACAAGGGAUGCAAUUAGUUAGAGUCAAAUCCACUGGGUUUUGCCUUGUUUGUUAUCCCUAAGGACUGCUGUUUGUUCAGCUGCCUUACUACUUGUCUUCUCUUUUCAGUGUGAAGGACUGUCUGUAAGUCAGGCUGAAAUGUUGAGCUGGCGUGAUUCCUGCACUCAGAGACUGAAGUCAGUUGGAAAAUAGGUGAAAUUCUGCAGCUAUUGAAGCAGGCUGAGCAAACACACAGGAUAUGCUGCCCUUUGGGACCUGUGGUGCCAUCAGGGUCAGAUACAGUUGGAGCCACUAUCACAGAAACCCUCUCCUGGCUGUGGGGCAGAAUGAAUGCUACAGCCAUUUCUGCACUGGAAAGAUGACCCUCUGGAGUAGAAAAUGCAAGUAAAGAGAUGGUUCCACUUGCUCAGGAUUUUCUCUAUCCUAUCCUCUUUUGAAAUUGCAACUAUAGAUUCAGUUUUGAUCGCUUUGGGCUUUCAUAAAGGUCUGCUUUGAAAUUUAGUCUGAAAUUCUGCAUUCUUUUACUUUUAGUGUCCAAGCACCCAAUGUCUUUAUGUGAUUGGCUCCUACCACCCCUACCAACAAAGUCCUUUUUUUGAGUUAAUUCGGUUAGAAAAAGAUGUUUCUAGAGGAUACUUUGUGAAUUCCCAGUGAGCAAGUAAGGAAACUCUCCUUUUCUAAGUGUCUCUGUACAUAAGGGCUCACCAGAAAAUGCUCUGGAGCCAAAGGAAAUACUCUAAUCAAUUCUAGUAGUGAAAACCCUGUUAAAUCAAAAUCUUUUCUUCCUCUUUUUAUAAACUUUGUUGUCUCAACAAAUUUGGGGUUUGACAUCACCCUUUUUCCUUGCAUCAGUUCUAUCCUCUUAUUGCUGUGAGUUAUAAUUGUUGUAGCUGCUGUUCAAGGAUCAUCAUUUUGAAGAACAGUCAUGUCUUAUGGUGAUGAAUGGUGGGGAAACAAUAGCUUGAUUUCUUAUAAGCAAGUAGUGCAUCCUAAGCAUAGCAGCCUCAACUGGAACUGGUGAUGUCUUUAAAAUGCAAUCAUCCACUUGAGCUGUAGCUAAAUGUACCAUUAAUGUUACUCAUCUCACAUCUGCCUCAGUUUGGGAUUUGUCUUGGCUGGGAAAGCAGGCAGCAGGGUAGUCAUGCUGACCAUGAUGCAGGACUCCCAAAGCAGCACCCUGCCUUGCUCUGACUUACCCUUCUAAUCACCGCCUCACUCACCUGACCCAAAGUUGCCUUUGCUGUACUGAACCAUAUCCAGCUGGGAUAGAUCACCAGCUGUCAUCACUCAGAGAUGCCAUCACAACCUUUCCCCUCAUGUGAACGAGCUGUAACUUAAACCAGAAGUAAAAACUAUGCCAUGUGACUCACAGGUGUGUGCUUCUUUCUGAGUGGGAGCCACAUAUCCAGAAAAAACUGUCAUCCCUAAAGCUUGCUCCUUCAAAUACAGUCAGUGGGAUAACUGGGGGAAGGUAACCCAGAGAGAGCAGAAAAUGAGAUGGCAAUGAGUGUAAUUUAAGCUCCAAGCGUGGUCAGUGAAAAAUUAGCCUGGUUUUAGGAGCAUAGCCAGGGUCAACAGCUCAGCUUAUCUGUCUGGAUGAACAGGAGCUGGGUUUACAAUACUCUGAGAUUGUCUCUGUUUUCACAUUAAUAUCUUGCAAUUGGGACUUGGUGGAUGUCACCACAUUUUUUUGAACAAGUUAUCCUUUUCCAGUAAGUUCAGAAGAUAAUUUUAGCUCUGGUUAGUGCUACAAUAUUACUCAAAAACAGAUGCCAGUUUUACAUUUGCACCUUUGCUUUUUCCACUUCUGCAUUUCUUGGGAUAACAUUCUCAAGGACAUGCACACUCAUGAGUACACAGUGGUGGUGUCCCUGGUGAGGAUUUUCUGAACACUUGGUCCUCAGGCAAAAAAUGAUAUGGCCAAAACCUGUGUCAAUCAUGGUUUUAGCUGUGCAUGGUUCCCUGGGGCAGAGGGGAUGUUAAAAGUGUUCUUAUGCUUUCAUGGGCAGCAGUUGAGGGCUCUGGAGUGUUUGGUGUCACAUGAAUGCAAACCUCGGCACUUUUCAAAGCUUGAUCCCUGUAGUACCUCUCAUCAAUGAAUCUGCUCUUCUCUAAUUACUGCUCAUGCCUCAAGCACUGUGGAGGGAUGAUCUGAUUGCAUGAACCACUGGAUCUGACUCCUGCUUUAGUUAAAAAGAAGAGCAUCAGAGGCUCCUUUUCUGUGCCACCUUGAGCUUCUUACUAUUGAUAUAAAGUUAAUAAUUCAAUAAACCCCUUCCAGCCAGGACACCCUGUAAGGAAUACUUCCCUUCUUACAGGACCAAUAAAAGAGAUUCAGACAUUAAAAAUUGAUGGGAGUUUGGUGCAAAUGAGCUGCUCUCUAGUGAGUAGGUGGGUGCUGCUGUCCAUCCAGUGAGACUUGGGGCGGUGUGGAGGAGGAGCCGUGGCUGGGGGUUGCUGUAAAUGUCACCGAGGGCUGCGCUUGCAUUGUUGGCACAGAGCUUUAGUAAAUGCAGUGUCCCGCAGUGUCCCAGCAGCUGAGUCUUCACAGAAGGGCAAGCAGAGGACAGGGAAUGCCAGUUUUACAUUUUAAUAGAGGGGGAAUAAAAUUCUUGGUCUAUGGUGGGGAGAGCUGCUAUGCUUUACUGCCAUUGCCUCAGCUCUUGCAGACUGUUGGGAAGAAAGGGUUUCCACUCACCCCCACACAGAGCCAGCACUGAAGGGGGAAAAACUAACUUCUGAAGUCAACAUUUUAGAGGAGAAAAAGCCCUCUAAUGAGAGUAUGGAGCAAGCCCAGCACUUGUUACUAUGCUGAUUAGGAGUGACAAGUAUAUCUCUGGAUAUUAGGGAAGUAGUUUAAAAUAUGCCAUAGUUUUUAGCAUAAUAAGAUGCACUGCAGAUAUGUCACAUCCAUUUUAUUCUCCACAGCUGUUUACAAAAGGGAAAAAACCCACCAAAAUCCUGAGAUUGGAGCAGCUGCAGUCACUCAGCUGUCAAUAUGGGACAAGGCUCUUUCUGCUCUUUUAUUUCCACUUCACUCUGUUCUGCUGCGCAUAUUUGGCUGUUCUGUGAAUUUGCAGAUCAUGAGAUUUUUUUCCAACUGCUUUUGAUCUGUACAGAAAGACUCACCCAGCUCUCAUUUGAAUACAUUAAUACUUUGAGUAGGCAUUUUAAUUUUAUGUUUACUGGCUUGUUUCCCUUUGUAAUGUUAUCUAACUGACAAGUUUGUCGUGCUCUGCAUUACCUUUAGACUUUUGAAUCUAAAACAUUUCCUCUUUCCUGAAAGCGAUGAUAAUUUUUAGAGAUGCUACAAAGGCAUCUUCAUUUCCUCAGGAGAAAACCUGAAUUACCCUCAGCUUUGAUUACUAUAAAAUCAACACUGAAGCACGUAAUUUCUUUUACAUCAUGAACAAAGUAUAUUUUAUGCCAUCAACUGUAGUUUGAAUUGUAGUUUAAAAAUCUGCCUAAGCACUAACAGCAGCAUUUUGUUUGUGAUUUCCAUGCCAGGGAAGUCAAAGCAUUAAAGGAAUUUUCUGUGUUGGAGUCUUUCCCACAAAGGUCUGCUGUCUUUUCCCCAACAAUUGUGAAUGUAGCACAAUGUACAGAAUUUUAGCAAGAACCCUGAUUCCUAAACAUUUGGCCAGAAGGAUGAGGAGAGGAUGUGGGUUUUGUUGAUCAAGCACAACCAUUUCAGUGGAAAAAAUGCACUACAUCUGGUCAGACAAUUGAUCUCGUUGGUGGGGUAAUGCUGUCUUUGGGGAGGGUAUAGGUGUUAGCAAAUCACCAAACUGUGAACCAUUCACUGUCAGAAGCAUUUGGCUUGUGUCUUUAAGUUCUUGUGGUCAAGUGUGGUACGGUGGGCUUGAGAAAGGAAUGUGUUUUGGAUGACCAGGAUGAUGAAUGUAUGAUGCUUCACAUUUAUUUGUAAUGUUCUUUUUAUACUUAGAAAUUGCUUACAUGUGUAUCUGUAUGUAAAUAAAUGUUUAAUCCUUUCCA